UCAAUUGCCUUUUGGCAUUUGGCUCACAAACCAUUUCUUAUUGUGUGACCAAAACUGACUGGGAUUCAAGCACUUUUUCUCUAUUUUUUCACUUUUAUCCACAACAAAAACAGCAACACACACACUCGUAUCUCGUUGUCGAGAAAAAGAUUUUUACUUGGCCAUGUUCACUCGAAGUUUGAUGCACAAUGUUCAAGUUGUUGGUUCAUGUUUGAUCGACCAACGAUCCGCAGCAGUGCAACAAGCCGUCUGUAAAUCAACGACCGAUAAGGGUUGUUUUUUCUGUGUAUCUGGUAGUAGUUGCCAAUAUCCGCAUAUCACACACAGUGCCAUUUUUGGUUUAUAGUCUCAAUUUAUUUGCAAUGAUUUGAUUGAUUCAUUUCAUUUCAUUCUCAUUCAACACAGUCACUCAAUUCAAACAUAUAUUUUGACGAAAUGGCCUCCAUCUCGACACCACCAACAUCCACCACCACCACCACCACCAUUGCACUGGACAAUGUUGUCUCAGAAGAGGAAUUUGAAGAUGCAAUCGACGAAAACAUUUCCAACAGCGAUGAUAGCGGCCACUCAAGUCAAAUGACUUGUUCGCCCGACAAUUCUGUAUCAUCCCAUUCUAGCGAUGAUGAUCUGACUGCCAACGCCGAGAUUAUCGACCAAUUUCGGCCAUCGUUGGAGGAAUCGCUGGCCGAUAUCGAUCGCUUACUUCACAUGGCAUUGGACAAUCGGUUCCACGAAGCAUAUGAAGGAACGGAAAAAUGGUCACACUGCAGCCUCUAUCAUGCAUUGGGCCAAGGCACGCUCUCCUUUCUCAAAGGAUGUCUCACACUUGAAAGGCCAGAGAUUCAGACGGCGUUGGACAAUCUACGCAACUGUAUGGACGUCUGCCAACGCGAGAAACGUUAUUCAAUGACCAAAUUGGUAUGGAGACCAAAUUACAACAGCUACACUGAUGUGCAAAUUCAUGCCGAACUAUGCUAUGCCGAAGCGUUACUAAUGACUGCCUUGAUGACCUUUCUCGAAGACCAGAAUCUAUUGAAUCUGGUUCGUGGUGCAUUCCGCAUCCGAGCCUGUUAUCAAUCAUACAAGGAAUGCUUCUAUAUUCUCAACAAUCGAACAGAAUGGUCAAGCGAAUAUUCAAGACUUCACUUUGAAUCCGGCGUUCGAUUGGGCAUCGGCACCUUCAAUCUGAUGAUAUCGCACAUGCCAUCCAAAGUGCUGAAAUUGCUCGAAUUUGUCGGCUUCUCUGGCGAUCGACAGCAAGGCCUGCGAGAGCUGAAAGCAUCCACAUUGUUACAGAAUGGACUUCGUCGCCCGUUGGCAGUGUUGAUCAUGCUAGCAUACCAAUGCUAUGUGGAGCACAUCUUUGGUAUGUGUAUUUUUAUACAAACAGUCAUUCAACUCAAUCAUUCAAUCAAUUUAGGUCUCGGCGAUGGUGAUAUGCAAUGUGUCGAUACUUGUCUCGAUUACGGUCUAUCUGAACAUCCUGAUGGGGCCUUUUUCCUGCUGUUUUUGGGUCGCAAAAAACAACUCACAGGACAAAUCAACGAAGCCAUCGAAGCACUGAAAAGAUGCAUAUCCGUCCAAAAUGAGUGGAAACAAUUUCACAACAUUUGCCACUGGGAAUUACUCUGGUGUUAUGCAGUUCAAUGUGACUGGAUCAAUGCAUCGAAAUGUGCAGACAUACUACGUAAACAAUGCAAGUGGUCACCGGCAGCCUAUACUUAUCAAUAUGCCACAUUCUUGUACAUGAUCAUGGUCGAACACAAUAGGCCAGAAUUGCAAGCAGAAAUUUCACAGCUCUUGAGACAAGUUCCAGAUUUACGGGUCAGGUUCGCUGGUAAAACGGUGCCAGCAGAAAAAUUUGCCAUCGUACAAUCGCAACGAUAUUUCAAUCACAACAAUCAAUUGGUCCUACCAGCAAUCGAAUACAUGUACAUUUGGAAUAUAUUCGCUGUGAUUGGCCAAUCUCCACAUUUGCUGAACCCGAUCCUGGAACGAGUGCAAAAGUAUGAGCAAAUUGAACAAACAAAACUGACACAACCCGAUCAGCCAUUGGACGACUAUUGUCGAUGUCUCUUGCUCAAAGGAAUGUGUCUUCGACAUCUUCAACAACAUUCACGAUCCAACGAAUGCUUUCUCAAAGUUAUCGACUGCAAAGAACGGAUUGAAUCGAGCACGUAUCUCAUACCGAAAGCCACACUUGAAUUGGGACUCAAUCAUCUCAAAUUUGGAUCGCUCGCUGAAGCCAGGCGAUGGUUGGAUCAGGCCAAAACAUAUUCCGGUUACACCUUGGAGACGAUCGUACAUUUUCGCAUCCACACUGCCAUUAGAACGAUUAAUAAUCAAAACAAAUCACAAAACUUGCCUGAAAAUGAUCAUGACGAUGCUGCAUCCAACAAAGGCGGCAUUCGUACCAUAUGGAGUGAAUUGUCAAAACGUCUCACUUUUUCAGACCAAAAUGUUGACGAUUCGUUUGAUGCACAGACCAAAUUCUAGAAUAAUACUGUUGUGCAAUCAUCAUUUAUUAAUUGUUGUCGUUUAUUUUUUACUCUAUAAUAAUUGUCGUUGUUGUUUGAUUAUUAAA